AUGUAUUUAUACAAGCAAAAAAACUCUAUUGAAAAAGAAUAUAACUUUUCCUUUUCUAACAAUAUUAAACAACAAAAAGAAUAAUAAUUGGCUAUUAAUUAUUUAGAAAAAAACCUUCAAAAAAGUAUUGAUAAGUAAAAGAACCUCUUUGUUUCUUCUUUUGAAAUCAAUUAAUGGUCUUUAGAUAAUUUCUAAAUUGGAAAAUGUAUUGGAAGAGGUCGUUUUGGAAAUGUUUAUAUGGCUAGACAUAAAUAAAGUAAUAUGCUUGUAGCAAUAAAAUAAAUUAACAAAAAAAAUUUAUCUGAAAGUUGUAUGGAAAGAUAACUAGAAUAAGAAAUAAAAAUUCAGAUGUUUUCUAAUCAUCCAAAUAUAUUAAAAAUGUACGGUUUUUUCCAUGACGAAACAAAAGUGUAUUUAAUUUUAGAGUUUGCAUGUCAUUUUGAUAUAUAUAAAGAAUUAAAAAAGGAAACUUUAAAAAGAUUUACUGAAGAAAAAACUGCAAAUUACAUUCGAUAAAUUUCCGAAGGAUUAAUUUAUUUGCAUUCCCAUGAAAUUAUUCAUAGAGAUAUUAAACCUGAAAAUAUUCUUAAUAUCCAUGGAGUCCUCAAAAUAAGUGAUUUUGGAUGGUCUGUUUAUACUCUUCAAGAAAAAAGGAUGACCUUUUGUGGAACACUAGAUUAUGUUUCCCCUGAAAUCGUCUAAGGAACUGAUUAUGAUUAAAAGGUGGAUAUUUGGAGUAUUGGAAUACUUUGUUAUGAACUAUUAGUUGGAAAACCUCCAUUUGAAAAUAAAAAUAUAGCAUAAGACUUUCUUGAAUUCCCGCCUUUUGUUUCCGAAUUGGCAAGAUAAUUUAUUUAAUUAUUACUUGUUAAAGAACCUAUUUUGAGAAUUUCUAUUGAAAAAGUUCUUAAUCAUCCAUGGAUUGUAAAAAAUACAAAAAACUGUCUUGAUGAUUGGGAUCUUAAAGUAAGUGAGGAAUGCUUGUAUUUGUUAAGAUGA